AUGGCUGGGUCAUGCAGUCUGGGCUUGCUGCUGAUGCUGUUGCUGGCUGUGGCCAGUGCUUCCUUGCCUGGCAUCGUGGUCCGACUCAACAAGGCAGCACUGAGCUAUGUGUCGGACAUCGGGAAAGCCUCUCUCCAUCGGGCCCUACGGUUUACUGUCCCUGAUUUUCUUGACCAGAGCAAUAAGGUGCUUCAACUUACCAGGAUUCAGAUUCUGGAUGUCCACGUGCCCCAUCUCCACUUGAAAUUCAUUGCUGAUUUUGGGGUACGCUUAUCAGCAACAGCCAAUUUCACUGUCAAAAUCUUUCGUGUCCCGGAACCCCUGGAGCUGGUGUUGCCUGUGUCACUGAUGGCCGAUGUGCACGUGGCCCAAGACUCUAUUGGGACACCUGUGCUCAGCAUCUCCACCUGUUCGUCACUCUUCAGCCCAGCCAGCAUGCUGGCCAGCAGUAACAGCACCUCCCAGGAGCUGUUGGUCCCGGUGCAGGAGCACAUCAAAGCUGACCUGAACAGUAAGCUGUGCCUGUGCAUCUCUGGCCUUGUUCAGGAUCUCAAUGUUCACCUGGGCACCUUAAUUGGCCUCACCCCUGUGGGCCCGGAGUCCCAGAUCCGCUACUCUACGACCAGCGUACCUACCAUCACCAGCGACUAUAUGUCCUUGGAUGUCAGAGCUUCCCUCUUCCUCCUGGGCAAGCCUAUCCUCCUGCCUCUGCAUGAUGCUGACCCCUUCGUAUUGCCAUGGUCUUCUGGUAAAGAGGGUGCCAUGGCCACUGUGGGCCUCUCCCAGCACCUGUUUGACUGUGCCCUCCUGAUGCUACAGAAGGCUGGCUCCCUCAACCUGGACAUCACAGGGCAGCUGAACUCCAAGAACAACCCUCUGAACACCUCCAUACUGGGCCAGCUCAUUCCUGAGGUGGCCCACCAAUUCCCUGAGCCCAUGCCUGUGGUGCUCAAGGUGAAGCUGGGUGCCACGCCUGUGGUCACACUCCACACCAGCAACGCCACUCUGCGGCUGCAGCCAUUUGUGGAGAUCUUGGCUGCAUCUUCCAACUCGGCCUUACAGUCCCUCUUCUCCCUGGAUGUGGUGGUGAACCUGAACCUUCAGCUCUCUGUGUCCAAGGUAAAGCUUCGGGGGACCACGUCUAUGCUGGGGGGGCUCCAGCUCUCUGUGGUCACUUCCAACGUGGGCUCCAUUGAUAUGGAUCAAGUACACACACUCAUGAACACUGUCUUCCAGAAACCCCUGCUGGACCACCUCAAUGCUCUCCUGGGCAUGGGGAUUGCCCUUCCCAACGUGCUCAACCUCCACUAUGUCCACUCCGAGGUCUUGGUCUGUGAGGGCUAUGUUGUGAUAUCUAGUGGACUCGCCUACCAGCACUGA